UUUUCUAGGACGAGAUGGGCAGCUUGGUAGGAGAGGAGAGAAGCGAGAGAAAAGAGACUGGACUAGGGGAGGGAGAGAGAGAGAGAGAGAGAGAGAGAGAGAGAGAGAGAGAGAGAGAGAGAGAGAGAGAGGAGAGAGAGAGAGAGAGAGAGAGAGAGAGAGAGAGAGAGCGAGAGAGAGAGAGAGAGGGAGAGAGGUACACGAAGGAGGUUGUCCUCUUAAGAUCCAGUCAUUUGUAAAACACCUAACAAGCCUACAC